AUGAGUGACGAAAACGAAGCCCCCGCCUCGGGCUCGCCUAACCUCUACGCCAUCGGUAUCUCGUUUGGAAAUUCCUAUAGUUCGAUCGCCCACAUUUCCGGCGAGGGCAAAGUCGAGGUCAUUGCCAACGAAGAAGGUGACCGACAGAUCCCUUCCAUCCUCUCUUACAUUGAGGGCGAAGAGUAUCAUGGAACGCAGGCCAAGCCCCAACUCGUUCGCAACAGCAAAAAUACCAUUGCCUACUUCCGAGAUUUUUUGGGCAAGGACUACAAGUCGAUAGACCCUACGCCAGCCCACAACUCUGCUCACCCGAUUGAGGCCGACAACACCGUCGCAUUUUCUGUCCGAGACUCCGAAAGCGAGACGCCUAACAACGUCUCAGUGUCAGAAGUUACUACCAGACACUUGAGGAGACUGAAAAACUCGGCUUCCGACUUCUCUGGCAAGACUGUCACCUCUGCUGUCGUUGCCAUCACGACAGAUACCAGCGAUGAGCAGAAGGCUGCGCUCACCAAGGCUGCGGCGGGUACUGACGUCGAGAUUCUACAAUUCAUUCCCGAACCCAUCGCCGCUCUCCUCGCCUACGACUCUCGCGCGACGGAAACCCUUUCAGACAAACUGGUCCUCGUCUGCGACUUCGGCGGGAACCGAUCCGAUGUUGCCGUGGUCGCUUCAAGAGGCGGCAUGUACAGCAUUUUGGCCACUGCCCACGAUUACGAGCUCGGAGGCGCGCAGCUCGACCAAGUGCUUAUGGACUACUUUGCAAAGGAGUUUGAGAAAAAGCACAAAUCCGAUCCCCGCAAAAACGAGCGUGGCCUUGCCAAGCUAAAGCUGGAAUCCGAGGCUGUCAAGAAGGCACUUUCGCAAUCCGCGACUGCAACGUUCUCGGUCGAAAGUUUAACGGACGGUGUUGAUUUCCGCUGCCCUGUCAACAGGACGCGGUACGAGCUGCUCGCUGGCAAAGUGUUUGCACGCUUUACAAGGCUUAUCGAAGAGGUGCUGAAAAAGGCCGACCUGGACGUGCUUGACAUUGACGAGGUUGUCAUGGCCGGUGGUACGUCGCACACCCCACGCAUUGCGAACAAUGUGCAGGGCCUCUUCCCAGAGUCUACUACGGUUCUUGCGCCUGCCACGUCGACAUCAUCGUUGAAUCCUUCCGAGCUCUCCGCACGCGGUGCAGCUCUUCAAGCCAACCUGAUCCAGGAGUUCGAGAAGGAGGAUAUUGAACAGAGCACACAUGAGAUGCUCACCGUCACCCCUCAUCUGAGUAGUGCCAUUGGUUUGCAAGUCAGCGGGCAACCUGAGGACUCCUUCACUACGGUCAUUCCGCCCGCGACCGCCGUUCCCGCAAGACGCACUGUCACAGUCGAUGCUCCAGCGGGCGAUGUCCUCGUCCGGGUCUGCGAAGGCGAGCGUGAAAUCAAGGUCACCAAGCCAGAGCCCAAACCCAAAGAGAAUGGAGAAAAGGACGAGGAGGACGAAGACGAGGAUGUCUCAGACGAGGAAGACGAAGAUGAAGAGAUCCGUGAGAAGCUCUGGAAGGCCAAGAAGACGCUUGCCGAGCUACAGAUUCAGGGCCUGAAGAAGAAGGGCCAGAUCGAGGUUACGGUACACGUUGAUGCGGACCUCAGUGUGAGUGUCACGGCACGGGAGAAGGGCGCCAAGGGCGGUGUGCGAGGGCAACUGAAGGCUGCUGUCACUGCAAACGGUCAUGCUUGA